AUGGCGGGGAAUGCGGAGCAGCUGGAGCUUCCUCUCAUCGAUCUCUCCUCCCCCGAUCGCGCAUGCUCCGCCAAAUCGAUUCGCAAGGCAUGCGUGGAUCAUGGUUUCUUCUACCUUGUGAAUCAUGGAAUCGAGGAGUUGGUUUUGCAGCAGGUGUUUCAGGAGAGCAAGAAGUUCUUCUCGUUGCCUCUUGAUGAGAAGAUGAAGCUUGGAUAUAAGGAUCACAGAGGAUAUACCCCAAUGUUUGCUGAAACCCUCGAUCCUUCAUCCAAAAUCAAAGGGGAUUUCAAAGAGGGAUUUUAUAUUGGUCCUGCCAAAUUUAGUGAUUCUCAAGUGGAUGCAAAUCAGUGGCCUUCAGAUGAUGUUUUGCCAUGUUGGAGAGCCACAAUGGAAUCUUAUUAUGAAAAAAUGCUGGCUGUGGGCAAAAGUUUAAUCUCAUUGAUUGCAUUAGCUUUGGAUCUUGAUGAUCUUUUCUUUGAGAAAAUUGGAGCAUUGUAUCAACCCAUGGCAUUUCUUCGACUUUUGCACUAUCCUGGUACGUAGUUUCUUCCUGCCUGUGGCCUUUACCAAUUAAGCAACACUUUGUUAUGUUGAGGCAACAUUAAAAUUGCAAUUCGACCACUGGUGCUUGUGGAUCCCAUUGCAUGUGUAUCUGAAAUGAACAAUGCUGUAUUUCCAUUCCUAAUGCAACAAUUGUUGUUUAUCUUUGC